UUGACGCUGAGUGGCAUCCUCUGGUGGAGCUUUGAGUAUUUACAACAAUAUUAUCUGAAGCCUGGCCGACGCUGCCGUCCGCCAUAGGCAGGGAGUCAAACCGUUGAAUGUUGGCAAGUGACAUCCGUCUAUCUUGUGCACUGCAGUGGUGCGCAGCGUCGCCUGGAGAAACACCUGUGCGCCUCUCCUCUCCACUGGCCACACUCGUGAAUGUUGAGUAGAGAACAGAUCACCCAAAGGCGCGGUGUCUGUCUGCAUUUGUUUGAAAGAACGAGAGAGGGAGCAGCACAAAUGCCGCACAGCCAGACAUCAUGCGAAGAGAAAGCUUCCCUCACUGCAGAGUGCUGAAAUGUUCGGACUAAAGAGCGAGUGUGUCAGAUCAAAUCAGCAGACUGUUUACAUUCGGGGGGGUGAUAAGAUCUGCUUGACAAUUGACUCACUAACACCCUGUGUGUGGUUCCAGGCCCCUCUCAGUUGCGAUCAAGAAAAUCAAGAAAAGACAAGUUAACUGUUUUUCCAUCAGCAUUUUCAGAUUCAGCAAUUCAGACACGAGCCAAGAUGGAGUGGUCGCUAGAGAGUGUGAGGGAGAUGGUGGCCGGGGGGAUGCAGUCUGUAAGGGAGUGUGAGAUCUGUGCUUUUGCCAUUGCCAUGUGUGUGCUGCUGCUGUUUAUGUGGUAUUGUUACAGGGUGGGCCGGGAGCAUGGUUCCAGCCCCUUGCGUGGGAGGUAUCUGGCUGGGCCUGGACGGAUCGGAGGGGUGGUGGGGGGCUUCAUGAAUUCAGACUGUCGCAGCAGGGGGAAAGGGAAACAUGGAUCACUGCUGGAGGAGCAGAACGGCUUCACUUUCUGCCAGUCGUCAGAGUGUUUCCGCUGCACCAGUGCCGGAGAAAGUCUGAACCAGAGGCUCUAUCACAGCCUGCAGGAUUACGCCAAGCGCUACACCUGGUCAGGUAUGGGCAGGGUGCAUAAAGGAGUCCGUGAUCAAGGCCGAUACCUUAACAGCCGACCAACCAUCCAGAGGCCAGAGGUCUUCUUUCUGCCCGACCUACCGUCAGCCCCUUUCUUCUCCAGGGAGGUACAGAGGCAUGAUGUGGAGCUGCUGGAGCAGAGCUUCCCCGCCCUUCUGGCUGAGUUUGAGAGCAUCUACCACCAACCUCCGGCCCGCGGCGGGUCCUCUCUCCCACCAGGGUGGAAAGCCAACAGCACUCCACGUGGGCAGUGGUGGACCUACUACCUGGUCAACCAAGGCACCCCUCUGGUUCUUAAUGUCCGGAGAUGUCCGCGGGCGUGGAGGGUGCUGGGACAGCUGCGCACCUUCAUCGCCAACAACGUGUUCGGCAAUGCCUGCUUCUCUGUGCUGACGCCUGGAGCUCUGAUCACUGAGCAUUACGGCCCGACAAAUGUCAGGCUGCGCUGCCACCUGGGUCUCAGAGUGCCCCCCUCCUGUGAGCUUGUAGUUGGUGGGGAGCCACAGUGCUGGUCCGAGGGCAGCUGUCUGCUCUUUGACGACUCCUUCCUUCACAGGGCCUUUCACGAGGGCAGCGCAGACGACGGCCCAAGGGUGGUCUUCAUGGUGGACCUCUGGCACCCCAAUGUGGCUGCGGCAGAGAGGCAAGCCUUGGACUACAUUUUCACUCCAGGCCGUUUAGAGGACAGGGAAGGGAAAUAAGUGUGAGUGAGGAACCAUGUCCAUGUGAGAGGACAGAUGGCCUUUAGGGAAGUGUCUAGGAUUGGGGAGCAAAUCUUUUUUUUUUUCUUCUGCCUCACAGACCACCUCUCACGUUGACUGUGUACUGUACAUACUCUCCGGCUCAUACAGUGUCUGUCAUAACUCUUCUUAGCACAUGACUAAACAUCGGGCCUCUUGUAUCGAUCACCUUCAUGUUUAUGCCUCUGUAAUAAAAGACAGCCACACUUGAAAUUACUUGAAUUUUUCAAAACUUAGCAGGUGCACAAUUAUUCACGCAGCAAUUUUAUUAGCGUGUAUUAUUACCAUGCCAGCGCCAUUCUAGUUUAUUAUAUAUAACCAUUGAAUGUUCUGUGAAUUUACAAACAGACGAAGGCUUUGACUGAAGAUUAAAGCAGAAAGUAAAGUUUCCCACAUUUUUUCCACCACAUUUCCAUUUCCGUCCAACGUUCUGGAGAAAAUUCAGUUUAUUCAGUUUUUUUUUUGCUUGUUGCUUGAAACAGCUCAACAGUUUUCUCUUAGAGAAUGAAGUGCACUACGGAUAUUAGCCUGCCAAUAAACAAUGUGUCAUACUGUGUUAUGCUUCACAGCAUUAAUAGGCCCAUAGGUCAACAUAUUCUAUUAGCUAUACAUGAACUGAAGUCAUGGAGUAAACCUUUAUGGGCCCCAACCUCUUCACAGGCAUUAGCGGAGACAUGAUAUAACAACAUAUUACUUAACGCUACACAUCAUACACAUUGUUAAUUAUUUUACACUUAAUGUAACAACUACACACACUUCCGCAAGGGCUAAGAUAUUUGAUCAUUCAACUUUUUACAUAUCCAGUCCCACUUAAAUUAAAUUUCCGAUUCUAAACAAAUCAUGUACAUUUUUUUUCAGAAACACCCACUUUCAAACAUGCAACAAACUUUGGACUAUUUUAAUUUUGACAAAUGCCAGCUUGCAGAAUGUAAUAAUAUUUCGAGUCCAUCCAUUAUGGUUUUGUGUAAUAUCACAGUAAAAGAAAUGCUGAAGCAAAGGAACCACUGCUAUUGGUUUUCUAUAGUAAAGGCUCUAAUAGACACAUUAAGCCAAAGCCAUUGACAGAAUGAUGCAUGAAGGAUUAAAUAAACCAGCGUGGGAUGUUUGUUUGUUUUAAUAAAAAUAAAUUAUUAGUUGCACAGUUGGGAUUUUAUGACAUUUUGACUAAACUGGCAAGUGACAGUGUUGCAGUAGCUGUUUAUCAUUAUUAAGCAAACAGAUUUCCUCCACAUGUGGUUUGAUAACUGAGGUCCAAUGUCAGUCAUGACAUGAAUGUUUACAGACGCAGCAAAUGUCUCUGUCAUGACUUCAGCUGAUGUUGUCGUUCAUUUCGCUCCCCUCUGAAAAUCAGUCGUGCUUUCACAAGACAUGGUUAGAGAAGCACAUUUCUAGGUCAGACUGUGUGAGUGGGACUGUGCUGUAUCACUGGAGCUGAAGUGUUUUUGGUAAAUUUACUAAACUCUUGCAAUUUGGUUGUAUUUGAUAUUAGGUUUGUAUUUCUGUAAAUAGGGUUGAGGUAUGAAAAAAAACUGAACAGUGUGAGAUGUUUUGAAAUGAUUGUCUUCAAUGCUAUAACUAUUGUGUUGUCUUGAUUUACAGCUAGAGUGAUUGCAUUUCAUCCUCCGUUCUCAAAGAGCCAGCCAUGAAAUAAUUUUGCUAGAUUACAUUUGUAUAUUCUGUAAAAUGGUUAUGAAGUAUUAUCUCAAUUGUUUUGUGAUGUUUUUAUUUUAUGGCUCUGUAAUUUCCUGCAGCGCCAUAUGUUAACCAUUAUUAAAGCCACAACCCUUAAUUUUUCAACAGCACCUCAUGGAUAUAUGUGCACACUCUAAAAGGUAGUGAAAAUGAAUCUUUAGCAACUUUACGAAUCCACUGCGAUUCAAGGUAAUCAUCUAAACAAUUACAAUUUUUACAAAAGUAUGAUCAUUUACAGGUUGUUUACAGGAUCGACGACACUGACACUCACAUUGAGCUGUCUAUAACUACUGUAGGUUUGAAAUCAAGAGUGCUGGCAAUCCACUUAAGACUAUGAAAUCUGUCAUUCCGAAGCAUUUGCUUUACAGUAUAUGAUGGAGCAACCAUUUUGUUUACAUUUGGAUUAAAGAAUUGUCCUUUAACACAGUAUUCUGUUGAUUUUGAACGGUAUUUCUGUACAUUUAAUAAAUGGUCAAGUGUCUUAUUUAACUA